UGAAGAAUCUUCCAUCUGGUUUUUGUCCUAAGGAACUAACUGUCCUCGAUCUGUCAGAGAGCAAGAUAGAAAGAGUUUGGGGCAGGAUUUGGUGGCGCUGGUUCAGGAACGAGGUGGCAGAGAAAUUGAUGGUUUUGAAUCUCCGAGGUUGUUGUAACAUAACUGAUAUUCCUGAUUUAUCUGGGCAUCCUGCCCUAGAAAAGCUAAUUCUUGAGGGUUGCAUUAACCUGGCUAGGAUUCAUAAGUCACUUGGGGAGGACCUGAAUAAGUUACGCCAAUUGAACCUGAGAGCAUGUUCCAGCCUCGUUGAAUUUCCAAGUGAUGUCUCUGGCCUAAGAUGUCUUGAGAACCUUAUUCUCUCCGGUUGCUCAAACCUGAAAUACCUUCCACAGGAUCUAGCCAGCAUGAGUUCUUUAAGAGAACUUCUACUUGAUGAAACAGCAAUAGAGAAGCUACCUGAAUCUGUAUUCCGGCUUACAAAGCUUGAAAGUCUCAGUCUAAAAAUGUGUCGAUCCUUAAAAAGACUACCCUUAUGUAUAGGUAAGCUGGCUUCUUUGAGAGAACUUUCAGUAGACAAUUCUGCAUUGGAGGAAAUACCUGAUACCAUCGGCUCGUUGGGAAAGCUUGAGACACUAAGUGUGAUGUGGUGUAGAUCACUUACUGUACUACCUAAUUCGGUUGGCAAGCUGAAAUCAUUGACAAAACUUUGGCUUAAUAGUAGUGCGGUGAAAGAAAUGCCUGCUUCUAUCGGUUCAAUAUGUUAUCUAAAGGAGUUGUCAGUUGGAGAUUGUUAUAAUGUGAGCACAUUGCCUGCUUCCAUCGAAGGGCUUUAUUCCAUGGUUGAUCUUCAGUUAGAUGGGACAUCGAUCAAAGAUCUUCCAGAUCAGAUUGGUGGCUUGAAAUCACUUAAGAAACUUCAGAUGAGAAAUUGUGAAUCUCUAAGAUCACUUCCGGAAUCUAUUGGGAAGUUGUUGUCUCUUAAUACAUUGAUCAUAGAGAAUGCUGCCAUAACCGAACUGCCAGAAUCUAUUGGGAUGUUGGAAAAUCUCAUGAUGUUAAGAUUGAACCAAUGUAAGCAACUGUACAAACUGCCAGCUUCAUUUGGGAAAUUGAAAUCUUUGCAUCACUUGCUGAUGGAGGACAGUUCUGUGACAGAAUUACCCGAAAAUUUUGGGAUGCUCUCAUGCUUAAUGAUAUUGAAAAUGGCGAAGAAUCCUUAUCAUAAAGUGCCUCAAAAUACUGAAAUAACAGAGCUAAAAGAUCUUGCAACAGAGAAGAAAUCUAAACUCAUUGUGCUUCCAUCUUCUUUUUCAAAUCUUUCCUCGUUAGUAGAAUUUGAUGCUCGUGCAUGGAAAAUAUCUGGGAAUAUGCCAGAUGAUUUUGGGAAGUUGUCAUCCUUGGAAAAUUUGAACCUUGCUCACAAUGAUUUUUCCAGGCUUCCAUCAAGUCUGAGAGGACUCUCUGUCCUCCAAAAGCUUGUCCUCACUGGAAAGUAUAUCCAACCUGUCAGAUUUGGAGAGCUUACGAGAGCUGCACCUUGCAACUGUGAGAACUUGGAGGACAUUCCGGGCCUGGAAUGCUUGAAGUCCUUGAGAAAAUUGCACAUGGUUUGUUGCAAGUCAUGCUCUUCAGUGGUGAUGGAAAAACUUGAUAAAGCUGCUGUAAAGAAUAUGGACGAGCUAAGUUUUCCUGGAAGUGAAAUACCUGACUGGUUUACCCAAGGAGUGGUUUCUUUUUCAAGGCGCAAAAACUAUGCAAUUAGAAGUGUGAUUAUAGGCGUUGUUGUGUCUGUCAACCAUCAAAUAACGGAUGAAUCGAGAGAUCAACAUCCUCUCAUACCAGAUCUUAUUGUGACAAUCCUCAGAUUGAAUGAACCAGUGCACCGACAUACCAUGCGCUUGGCAACAGUUCCAAAGACAGAUGAAGAUCAAGUUUAUUUGUGUCGAUAUGAAGCUCAUCGUUCCUUAGUUUUCAUGUUGGAAGAUGGCGACAGGAUAAGGGUAGCAAUGAGGGACCCUCCAUAUGUUAAGGGGGUUGAGCUCAAGAAGUUUGGGACUCAUUUGGUUUUCGAAAAUGAUGACGACUUUGAUGGAGAUGAAGAUAAUUUGGAUGAAAGUCAACAAUCUGUAUCGGGGAAAUUAACAAGCUUUAUCAGAUUCUCUAAAGCAAAUAAUCAUACCUCGGACUCGAGUCAUGAACUAAGGGUGUACUCAAGGCACGAGGCUCCCACAAUUGUCGGGUUUGAAGAGGAUUAGAUGUAUGCAGCCUUAUAACCGCAAACAGCGAGGUUAUUUUUGCAACUCGAGUCUGUGACUUUCAAGUUAUAAUGGAGCAAUUUUACUGUUACGUCAAAGUCCGUCCUCACUCGAGUCAUCAAUUAUAACAUGUUAAAAGAAGCUGAUGGAUAGAUGUAAGCGAUCAUGGAGCUGUUUGGUUGUUUUGGAGUUUGAUAUUUGGCAAGUUAGGAACUACAAGGAUAAACAUUCUCAGGGGAGUCUACUAUUGAUGUCUAGCCUCUCAGAAUGUGAGGGAAGCUCUAUGCUACAUGCCUUGUGGAUUUGAGGAAUUUUCAUUUCAUCUAAUCUCUCGAGUUCUGAGAGUGUAUAUUCAAAUUAAUAGAAUUGGUUCAUGUUGAGACAUCUUUAUUAUUAGAAUACAUAGUGUAAUGAGUGGGCAUAUCUUGAGCCGAUUUAAUCAAUAUAUUACUAAUUU